GGGCACGCUACAGAUCUAACUGCGUUUGGGGGUGCCUGAAAUCCCAAAAUCAUGUUCCCUCGAAAAUAAAGGAAUGUUCAGUCUUGGAGAUAGAAGUAGUUACUGCUUAAAGUUUGAAUUGUUUUGUGUCUUGUAGUUUUACCAAGUAUGAGAAAUGGCUCAAAAGCGCAAAAAUCGUUCUGGGAAAGAUGAUUAUGAAUAUGAUCCUGCUCCUAAGCAUCUUCAGGUAGCACAUAUAAAACAGCAAGAGAAACGAUUAAUUGUUAUUCUAGAAAAAGCUCAAUUGGAAUCUGUUAAAGUGGGGAAUAGCUUUGAAUUAUUAAACUGUGAUGAUCAUGUGAGUAUUUUAAAGAAGAAUAAUCGUGAUUCUGGCUCAUGUAGGCCAGAUAUUGCUCAUCAAUGCUUAUUAAUGUUGAUGGAUAGCCCAUUAAAUAGAGCUGGGCUAUUACAAGUUUAUAUUCAUACAGAAAAGAAUGUGUUGAUAGAAGUAAAUCCCCAAACAAGGAUACCAAGAACAUUUAAGCGUUUUGCUGGACUUAUGGUGCAAUUAUUGCAUAAAUUUAGUGUUCGUGCAUCUGAUGGACCAAUGAAACUAUUAAAAGUAAUUAAAAAUCCAGUCACAGAUCAUUUACCAGUUGGCUGUCGUAAAAUUGUAAUGUCAUUUAGCGCCAAUAAAGUACAAAAUCCAAGAGAAUUGGUACCAGCAAAUGAACCAAUUGCUAUUGUAGUGGGUGCAAUGGCUCAUGGUCAAGUAAACCCAGAUUACUCAGAGGAUACUAUAUCUAUUAGUAAUUAUCCUCUAUCUGGAGCUUUAACGUGCAGUAAGUUGUGUACUGCAUUUGAAGAAGUUUGGGGAAUAAUUUGAAUGAUAACUGUAAUAUGACAACAUAAAGUUUUUACUUGUAAUUCAA